UUUAGGGGCUGAGGUGUGGUUAGAAAUGUCACACACCUGACCGGAUUUCCCAUGUUCUAUUUUUAAUUGUAGAGUCACAUGUCAAAAAUAGAUCGCUUUCGACGUUUCGAGAAAGCAUUCACGUUUCAUCACUUACUCCAGACGAUUCAUCAUAACUGUUGGCAGUGCUCGGCGUAUCGUAUACAGAAUAGUAUCAAAUAGUGACUCAUUCAAAUAACACCAAGAUGACGACGAGGAAGUCAUUGAUAAUGGUUUUGCUCUUGAUGGUGAUAGUCUGCCAUGUUUCGACCAGGCCAUUCCAAGCUGGAAAUAUCCUUACAGGUCAAGGACUAAAGACUCGGAGACCAGGUCAAGAUGACAAAUGUCAGGAAGGUCGUUACUAUGACGACGUGACGCAACACUGCGAUGACUGCAUGCCCCACUGUGACCGAGCACCACUGUUUCAGCCUCCUACGUCUUGCACUGCCUAUUGCAAGAAGAGGUCACCGGACAAGCACAACUGCCCAGAAGAUCGUUACUAUGACGACGUCACCCUGAACUGUGACCUCUGCAGUCCUCACUGUGACCGAAUACCGGCGGAAGUGCCCCCCGACCAGUGUCGUGAUUACUGCACUCGAACCAGAGGCAAAGAUGGACGUAGGUCAAGCACGACAACAAUUCCACCAGAAGUAGGACCACGUAGAAAAACUGAGGGGAUAUCUCCGACUGCCAUAGCACUAAUAACGAUUGUCUGUGGGGCCGUUGUCGUUAUUACUGGUUCCAUAUGGUUCUGUUGGAAAUACCGUCGACCCAGACAACAUAAGCAGAUCACACUGGAGGGGAGCCCGAUGCUUUUAAAACGAGGCGUUCAAGAGAAUUCACCAGAGGUGACUUCGGCGACGGUGACCGCUACCACGGCUGUGUAGGCAAGUCCCAGAUGGAGGCGGGGACAGCAGUGACGCCUUCCCGACUCCCAGAUGGACGUCUACAACGACUUGGUUGACGAUCACAUUUCAAGAGCAAUGGCUCAUUUUUCUACUUAUUGUUCAUGUAGGGGAUGGGUGUGCGGCCAGAACCAGGCUUCAGGUAUUGUACCCAUGUGGGAAAUUGAACCCGGACAACGUUUGUACCGCUUGUCUGUCGCCACCGCCCUUGUAGGUGUCAUUUAAGAAUAACGCUUGUCAUACAUAUAGUAUUCUUGUUUGUUUUAUGUACACCAUCGUUACUAUUAACAAACAUAGAGACACCAAGACCAAUGACAAUAGAUCUAUUUGGGACAGAAUAGUAUACCUAUUAAUAUUUGCGGGUGUUAUGGACUAUUUGAAUAUUUCCAAUGUUUAAGUGCAUAGAAAUUAAAUUAAGUGAGAGUUUUAUGAUAAAUGUGAUCAAAUUUAAUAGAUAAUGAAUUAUAAUAAUAUAUAUUAUUCACAGUGAUAUUUAAAAAGAUUUGAUACAUUGCAAGAAAAGUAUUUAUAACGUCGGAAGAUCUGAUACCAGCUAGACUAUAAAGGCUACCAAAGAGUCUAUAACAUUUUUUUUAACAAUAUUAUUUUUUCUUUAGUGUUGCCUUUCUAAGGCCGGCACACACUGAUGUAGCGCAGCACAUCAGUGCGGUUUCCUAGCCCACAUUUAACGCAUUAUACUUUUACAGCUGCAGCUCAGAAAAAAAAAUCAUUCUUUAAAUAGAAUUGAAGGUAUAUUAAUUUAUUGCAUGUUGAAUGAAGGCCAGAUUUACAUCAACAUAGAUCCUCUGAGAACCUUGUCACAUAGCAAGGACUGGGAAAUACGUGAGAAGUGUGUGAGGGCAGCAAGUAGAAAAAAUAUCUUUUGAGCGACCUAAAAUGUUCAUGUCUACGCGCUGUGAUGCGCUGCUUUAGUGUGAUAAGAAAAACACGGAUGCGAAUUUUGGGCUGCAUGUGGACCGGCCUUAUGCUGAUUUCAUUGUGGAAUAUGGCUAGUUGGGUUUGCCUAUAUGUGUUCAUCUAGAAUGUUUUUUUAUUGAUUAAAUUAAAUGCAUAUAUUCCACAUUCGUGGUUGCUGGCAAUACAUGAUUUGGUACAACUAGUUGAGUUCAUUCGUGGCUAAUUAUAUUAUGACUUUUGUUACCUUUGCUGCUUAAUAUUGUAUUGGUUACAUUGUUUUUAAGUGUGCAAAUAAAGUUUCUAUCAAACAA